AGCGCCGCCAUGGAGCCCCUUGUCGCGUCCCGGAAUUGAACUUCCUCUUUCCUUUCGCGGUUACGAGUCUGCUUCCAUUCACGUCGAACCAUUUCCGCCUCUCCUUGUCGUCCGCCGACACACGUCAUCAAGUGCUAGCUAGUCUUCUAGUAGUCCCAGUGGUGAUUUCUGGAUCGGGCCGCGUUAGUGUUUUUUGUAGGGAAAAAAAAAAGCCUUAGCCGUUUCUUUUAAUAGCAGCUAUUGGAUUUUCUUCGAAGCGACGAUUGGCGCUCGAAUCGGAGGAGAAAUUUGCGGAGGAUGAGGAUUGGACGACAACUUCGCCAUGGAUAGCAGAGCGCCUCUGGUACUGGCUAGUAAAGAAAAGCCAAAAGCUCAUUUAGUUGUAGAAUCAUUACUAGCGUGCUCGCGGUCUCGGGCAGAGCGAUCCCUACAGCCCUCAUGUACAGUCGCUGUCAGCGCUCCACUCCGCCUAUUAGUAUCACCGCUACCGUUAGUACUAAUCUUUACAUUCGCGGAACGAACUAUACUAGUAGUACGGAAGCGCCAGUAGUAGUACUAUUAUGGGAGGCGCGAAGCCGACGAAAAAUCAGACGUGGGUCAACAAGCUCCGCACGCCGCUGCAGAUCGUGCUCACGUUCGUCGUCGGCCUCGUCAUGCCCUUCGGCUUCUACCUCGUGUGCGACGCCGGCCUCGGCGUCGACAUCACACCCUACUGCUACGUCGCAGUCAUCCUGGCGUACAACACGCCGCGCGACAUGCCUGAGAUGGAGACCAUUCUAGCCGAGAUGGCCCGGCAGCGGCCGGACCGCUUCCUCGCAUACCGUGUGGUGCACUCGCGGUCCAAGGCAGAGAACGUGAACGCCGCGUGCAAGCUCAUCCGUGGGGAGUUCGUGGGGGUGUUCGACGCCGACCACUGCCCCAACCCGGACGCCUUCAUGCGGGCCUGGCGCUGGCUCAGCCACGGAUACGACAUAGUGCAGGGGCACUGCUUGGUGCGGAAUGGGGAGGACAACUGGGUGGCACAGGCUGUGGCGGUGGAGUUUGAGACCAUCUACGCGGUGGGGCAUCCCGGGUCAGAGAUCAUUCACGGGUUUGGGUUCUUUGGGGGGUCGAACGGGUUCUGGCGGUCGGGGUUACUGGCGCAGAUAGGCAUGGAUGGGUCAAUGCUCACUGAGGACAUAGAUUCCUCCAUCCGGGUGCUACUAGCCGGAGGGAGGAUCAAGUCAGACCCCGGGCUGAUGUCGUCCGAGCUGGCGACCACCACUCUGAGGCAGAUUUGGAACCAGCGGUUGCGGUGGGCGCAGGGGUGGUUUCAAGUCUCCAUGCGGCAUUUCUUCUCCGGCAUGGCUUGUAGGAACAUGUCUGCUUUCCAGCGCAUGGGGCUGUUCCACCUGUUCAUCUGGCGGGAGAUCUACCCGUGGGUGUCACUCCAAAUCCUCCCUAUUCUCGCCUUUCUCUGCUAUAAGAGCAACGGGUUCGGCGGGAUAAACUGGCUGGAUGCGAUCUACAUGUGCACGACACUGUUCACGUUCCUCUGUGGGCCGGUGCAGAUCCUGUUUGCGUUCCUGAGAGGGAGCCGGUCGGUGCGCAAGCACGGCAACUGGUGGUGGCUGUACCUGGUGUUCGCGACGGUGUUUUAUACGGAGUUUAAGAAUGUGAUUGCGCGGGUGGCGCAUAUAAAGGAGCUGAUGGGGGAGAAGGCGUGGAUGGGGGAGGAGGGGGAGGAUGACGGGAAUGGUGGGGAUGCUGGGGAUGAUGGGGAUGAUGGGGAUGAUGGGGAUGAUGGGGAUGAUGGGGAUGAUGGGGAUGAUGGGGAUGAUGGGGAUGAUGGGGAUGAUGGGGAUGAUGGGGAUGAUGGGGAUGAUGGGGAUGAUGGGGAUGAUGGGGAUGAUGGGGAUGAUGGGGAUGAUGGGGAUGAUGGGGAUGAUGGGGAUGAUGGGGAUGAUGGGGAUGAUGGGGAUGAUGGGGAUGAUGGGGAUGAUGGGGAUGAUGGGGAUGAUGGGGAUGAUGGGGAUGAUGGGGAUGAUGGGGAUGAUGGGGAUGAUGGGGAUGAUGGGGAUGAUGGGGAUGAUGGGGAUGAUGGGGAUGAUGGGGAUGAUGGGGAUGAUGGGGAUGAUGGGGAUGAUGGGGAUGAUGGGGAUGAUGGGGAUGAUGGGGAUGAUGGGGAUGAUGGGGAUGCUGGGGAUGAUGGGAAUGCUGGGGAUGAUGGGGAUGAUGGGAAUGGUGGGGAUGCUGGGGAUGCUGGGGAUGAUGGGGAUGGAACUGGUAUGUGAUUAUGUGACACCAUAAAAUUGGUGCAACCUG